AUGACGAGAAGGAAGAUAGCAAUAAAGAAGAUCGAGAACGUAGCUGCGAGGCAGGUGGCUUUCUCAAAGAGAAGGAAAGGUCUAUUCAAGAAGGCUAAGGAGCUGUCAACUCUCUGUGAUGCUGAGAUUGCUCUCUUAGUAUUUUCAGCUUCGGGCAAACUCUUUGAUUAUGCUAGUACAAGCACGAGGCAAGUAAUUGAAAGGAGAAACCUAUACUCAGAUGUGAACCUUGUGAAGUCAUACCAGCUAUCUCAAGAGCUACAGGUUGAAGGUGAAUAUUUUAAGCUAAACAAGGAAAUAGAAGAGAAGACUCUUGAAAUAAGACAGCUCAAUGGAGAAGAUCUACAAGGGCUGUCUGUAAAAGAUCUGAGGAAGCUAGAACAUUUACUUAGCACAAGCUUGCAUCGCAUUUCAAAAGCAAAGGUUGAAGUAAUUGAGCAGGAGAACAAUAUUCUAAAGAAAAAGGAAGACGAACUCAAGGAAGAAAACCAGAGGCUAAAGAAGUUAAUCAAAUCCAUGGAAGAAAACCAGAGAUUAGAUCAGGCGCAAUGGCUUGAGGAUGAACAAUAUCAGCCAUCAAACACGUCUCCCGCAACAAGGUUACUGUUUCCCUGA